AACAGCCUCCUCCCGUUUAUCAGCCUGCGACCCAGCUGGCACCCAAGCUAUUGGCACCCACCCAAGCCUUUCUCCUCCACGUGUGCCUGCGGGUGUUUCCUUACUGGGAGCCCGGCCCCUCCUCCCAGCGCUGCCUUCUCUCCUUUCACUUGUGCUAGUGUCUCCGGGCUGUUUGCGGGAGAGAGAGAGAGAGCGCUGCUGAAGUUACUGUCUGGACCUGGGCUGCGCCUCUAUGGCAGAACUGGAACCUUAUAGUCAGCAUUGUUGCAGGUGAAUUCCCAGUGUAAUACAGGAGGCCGCAUUUCUCUGUAUACUUUGCUCCAACCAAGCAGCACAGAUGCACAAUGGCCACAGAGUUUAUAAAGAACUGCUGCAGGGCAUGCAUUCGAGGUGACAAGGGGAAAGUUUUGAGUGAAGAGGACAGCUCUAACACCGCCAGCAGGGGUUCCCAAAUUGUUGACCUUCCUCCUAUGUCCUCUGUCUCUGUAAAGAAACAAGUUGGGUGUACAGAAGACUAUCUGCUUUCCAAGCUACCAUCUGAUGGGAGAGAAGUUCCAUUCAUUGUGCCAACAUUCAAGCAAUCUUAUAUACAGCCCAAGGCCUCGGCAAAUCCUAGCCAGCAGGAUGGCUUGAAAGGAUCUGCUCGAGCAACUUUCACAGAUCGAAAGACUGAGCUCUCAGCCAUGUAUCAGCAAGAUCUAAACUAUGAUGUGGUGUAUAACCCAGGCUAUGUCCUGCAGCAUGUUUCCCCUGAUAUGAUUAGGCGGGGAAAGCUGAAAGCAGACUCUGUCAGAUUAUAUGGCUCAGUGUGUGACCUAAGGAGUAACAAGGUAACUGAUUCCCCUGGCGGAACUGGCAGUCUGUAUGAUUUUAAUGGACCCCCCCGAAACAUACAGAGAUAUGAUUCCGUUUCCAGCAUCCGGAGCAGUAACUCAUCCAGGAAAGAUUCACAAGGGAGCAACAGAAGCCUGGAUACUAUAACAUUAUCAGGUGAUGAGAAAGAUUUUGGAAGACUCCAUUUCAAACUCCGGUAUAUUGUGGCUGUUGAACAAAUCUGGAUUACUGUCAUGAAGAUCAAAGACUUUAGCUGGCCUGUGAGCUGUGGGGAAAAUCCCAGUAUAUAUAUCAAAGGUAUCAUUACCUUGCCCAAAGCUGUGCCUUUUAAAUCCUCAGCUAAAGAAGGCUCUCUGGACAUUGAAUUUAUGGAAACCUUUGUCUUUGCUAUCAAGCGACAAAGCCUGCAGACAGUGAGAUUGGUUUUCAAGGUGCUAAGUUUAACUCCUAGGAAAAGAACAAUCAGCCAUUGUUCAAUAUCCCUGCGUGAUUUGAGUGAGGAGGAGACAGACCAUUGGCUGGAAUUGGUGCCAUCUUCCAAAGUAUCGGUCUCUCAGGCUGAGCUCCAGGUCGGGACCUGCUUCCAGGCAAUAAACAGCAGGAUUCAAUUACAAAUUCUCAAGGCUCAGAACCUGCCAAACUCCUCUACACCACUCUCCAUAAAUUUUUUUGUGAAAGUGGAAAUGUUCAGCACAGAGGGACUGUUAUACAAGAAAAAGACCCGUCCACUGAAAGUUACCAAUGGUCAGGUGAACUGGGGUGAAACCAUGAUUUUCCCUGUAACUUUGAAAGAAGAGGGGAUCAAUUUUCUGAUCAAACUUUACAGCAGGGGCUCAGUGAGGCGGAAGCGUUUCAUCGGACAGGUAUGGGUUAGCAGUGAUAGUAACAGCAGUGAGGCUGCAGAUCAAUGGACGGACACAAUCCAUCACCCAGAGAAAGUGGUCACCAAGUGGCACAAACUAAAUCCCUCUUGAAACAGACACCAAGUGCAGUACUGUCUGACACAACAGGAAUCAAAGAAAUGAGAGCCAUGUUGCUGUAAGGUGGAUGGGACCAUUGCAGCAAGUACUCAAAGCAUUUACUCUUUACUAUUUUUUCACAUUUAAAAAGUGGAGAUUUAUAAACCAAAGAACAGAUCUGACGGAACCUUGACAGGGACUGCUUACGAUGGAUUUCACAUCUGCUAUAGCUGGACGUUAAUGAAUCUGAUUUGAAGACACCCAGCGUUGAAUAUUGCAUAAAUGAUUCUUAUUCAGGAACCAUUAAUCUGCCUCCAUUGUGCACCAACCCACAUUGGCCUUCAUACACUGUAAACAUAAGCUUUCUUGCUUCUUCUCUUCUCUUUUUUUAUGUGAAAAAGCUGGUGGCAUUACAAAUGUAGUUCGUAGACACCUCAAACAAGUCUGUGAUCAUGUGGAGACAUUUUUCUAUUCACAUUUAGCUCACUGUGAGUGAGCCACAGAGCUGGAUACAAUUUAAAAUAUCCUGGCUUCUCCAAUAGUAUAGGAAAUCUUAAAUUUAUAUGUUUGAAUUAAGGGAAUGGAAUUCAAAAUGCCAUAUCUGCUGUAUUCCUUAUAGCUCCAUGUUUAUGUAUUCAAGCAAUUAAUACAUGUAAUACAAAUAACUUUAUAUAUAUAUAUAUAUAUAUAUAUAUAUAAUAUAUAUAUAUAUAUAUAUAUAUAUAUAUAUAUAUAUAUAUAGAAAAAUUAAUAGAAAAAGAAAGAUAUGUAAUGUUCUCUUCUAAGUUGUCUUUUAAGUCCAGAAAUUAUCUAAUGAAUCUUUGCUGCAUUCUCAAUGAUUGUUUAUUCUGUUAAGUAUUAGAGGGACCUGCAACCCCAUUGUCUCUAAGGUGGUCUUCCAAGCCUGAUUCACCUAUGUUUUAACCGGCACAACUUCAAGUGCAUUUCUAAGGCAUAUGUGGAUGACUAAGGGUGUUCUGUAGUUGUGAUUCAUUAUUAUUUGUGAAUUUAUAUUACCCCCUUCCCCCGUCCCAUUCAGAAUAUUCCAGGUCAUCUGUCUCACAUGAUAGUGGAUUGAACCUUUUGCCUACAAAGUAACGGCUAAACCUAGUGUGCCAGUCAGCCGCAUCCCUAACAAUCUAUAACUGGGACCUUCAACUGUGUUUUAUGCUGUGUCUGCCAUAGACUUAUUUUACCAGAAGCCUUCCCAUGUAUUAUAUUAUCACACAUCCCCAAUUUUAAGCAUGAAACAGUAUUCAGUCUCAUGCAUUAAUAUGAGAAAUAUUUAGCUGAUUAUCUUUCUCUAUACACCCUUGUACACAUGACUACAUUACUACCAAGCUUAUAAUCAUCCUGUUUUGAAAUUGAUACUGUGUUUUGGUACUCAAGACUUAAUGAUUAAGUAAUUUGUUUUACAGGUAAACUAUACAAGAUUUAUCAUUCCUGGAAAAUAUCAGUAUUACUAACAAAAACAUUUUUUUCUCUGCAUUAAAACAGAAACAUCCACUUCUCUAGAUUGUUUCAAAAAGGGUGCUGAAAUCACUGGCUAUGCGAAUAAAAAUCUGA